UGCUCUGCUACGGGGCGAUGCCCUCAACACUUGAUCGACUCAGCGAGUUCACGUCAGAUUCCCUGGCAGUCAAGGCAUGAACGGUUGACCAGGGCUUAGCUACAUGAAGUGUGACAGUUUGACCCACACUCAGGCUGCUGUGGUUCUUCGAGCCUUGAGCUCGGGGGCUGUUCCACUGACCUUAACAUCCCUUGAGACUGACAAAGAACAGUUGGGAGAGACCAUCGCCUGCCAAGCAUCACAGUCAGCCCUACCGGAGGUCAGUUGUGUCCGCGGGGGCCAAUGCAAGCAAGCUCACCCGUGUGCAGUUGCUCCCGUGGAGCGGGACUCGGCUGUCUCAGAUCGGCCAGUUGCAGAUGCGGCAGCUCUGCAGGGAGCUGCAGGAGAGAAAAGGGUCGCCAUUGGGCCGGCCCACUCCGGCCCCAACACCAACACGCCGGUAACUCGCUCGAGAUACGAAGUUGGACGGAGAAGUAAGCGGGUCGUGUAUCUCGUCCCGGCUUCCAUGGAGUCCACCUUGGGUACAUCGGUGAAGCCGUCGUCACACAGGACCGCUCUCCUGGCAGCCGGGCCGCGGGCCUACCGGACUUUGCGUCAACAUCCCGCGCCCGCCCAUACACCAUCACCGCCAGUCCAAGCUCCCUGGCCUGCAUGCUGCUUACUUGCAGAUGCGCAAUGUAAUUCUUGCUAUCCCGCCAUUUCCAACCGGUUGCUGGGUCAUAGGCAACAGCAGAACCGCGCAUACCACAGCCUCGUCCACCCGAGCAGCAGUGGCUGACCCCAGUCCGUUUCUGAUGAGCUUGGAUAUGCUGGCUGUGUCGCGUUUACCUGUUGACUUUCAUCGAUUACGGAAGAGUCUGUCGCCCCCAACUUCCCAGUCCGUCGCCGACGUCACUGUUUGUCCAGCGCCGGUCACGUAGGCCACGCAGGCAACCAGCUCCCUAUCCUGUCCACACGCCCUACCCGCUAUAGCCACCAGGAAAAGCCGCGUGGUCGACGCUCUCUUCUCCCCCAAUGGCCGCCGCCUUUGAGUUCCGAGGGCCUCCGAAG